CAGUGUGUAGGAGCUAUGAUGACUAUUUCUUCCGUUUUCAUGACUUUCUUCACUUCCUACAUCUUAAAUGUAAACAUUUCUUUGGUCGACAGGAAGAAGUGCUUAUUCAGAACUACCUAUGUAGUCAGCGGGUGGGUAGUGAUUCCUCAGUAGUGGCGGGAUUGUUUACGACGGAAGCUUUGGGAUGAUACUGGAACAGCGGGUGGCGUGCACCUGUUUCGCCCUGGGCGCGGGGGUCGUGCUGGUACCGUUGAUCACGCACUUCCACCUUCGGGAGUUGUCGGACCUGAGCCCGUACGGUGCCGCUCUGUACAUCGCUGUGGUUAACGGGGUUUUACUGUUCAUGUGCAGGGGAUAUCUGUAUCAGGUUGGUAUCCGUGCAUGUGGUCUGGGCCUGGCGUUCGGCCUGGGUCUGUGGCUGAGUGUGAGCACGGUGCAGUGGUACAUGUUCGGCUGGUACAUGUGUGCCCUCAGCUUCUUCCACUUCUCCGAGUUCAUCGUCACCGCGACCUACAACCCCGAGUCUCUGUCUCUGGACUCCUUCCUGCUGAACCACAGUCUGGAAUACGGUCUGGCGGCCGUCGCCAGCUGGGUGGAGUUUGGUCUGGAGGCGUGGCUAUUACCAGACAUGAAACAAGUGCCAUUUCUGCACUAUGCUGGCCUGCUGUUGGUGGUAGGGGGUGAGUUUCUGCGGAAAGCUGCUAUGUUGACGGCCAAGUCCAACUUUAACCACAUCGUACAGAGUAAAAAAGCAGACAGCCACACACUAGUGACCCACGGAGUGUACCAGCUCUGCAGACAUCCCGCGUAUGUCGGCUGGUUCUAUUGGAGUUUAGGAACACAGGUGCUACUAUGUAACCCCGUGUGUGUUAUCGGCUACACCUGGGCGUCGUGGCAUUUUUUCCGGGAGCGAGUAGAAGACGAGGAAGUGACGCUGCUAAACUUCUUCGGGGAGCAGUACCUGGACUACAUGCAGCGUGUCAGCACCGGGCUGCCCUUCAUACACGGCUUCAAGGUCAACUUCUAGAGAGUCGUAGCCCGGGUGCCAGCCCUUACCGCAAAUGAGAGAUAAACCCUUCGGCCAGGGAAGCCAUACGCCCCGACGACCCCGAUUUGCGCCCUGGCUCUAAUUAUCUCUUCGCGUGAAAGAUAAAGGGUUUGGGGCAGCCUGGGCUUGGGUGGCGGAUACAGUAAAGGACAUUAGGGCUUCUUUCCACAAAAAAAUCCAUCGCUGGCACCCAGGCUAAGAGAUAUGUACAACCAAUGAACUGUCAAGAGAUGGACCUACGCAAAAUUUUUGGCCAAAACGAGUCCCCUUUUGUUUUUCUGUCAGAUGGCAAAUUGCGGAUACAUGUUACUGCAAAGGUGGAUCAAAUGUGCCAGAUGUCUACAUGUAUCUAUAUUCAGGGUUGGUAAUCUCCCUGAUGUAGAUUGGUUCUUUUACAACAGUAAUCAUUUGUUAGCCUGGGUGCCAUCCUCCGUAGUUUCCGCUGUCUCCCUAGUGUUGCUGGCCACCACAGAGUCUGGACUUGCUGAUAUCCAUAACCUCUGGUGAGGAUGUCACAUACAUGUAAUUCAAGCAACGACAUUAUAAGGAGCUGGCAGAAACUAUGGUGGAUGACACCAAGGAUAAUCAUUUUGUGUAAAUUCAUUAUCAAGGAUGCAGUGGAGCUUUGUAGAAAGUUGUAGGGCGUUUGUUUUAUAUCUUAGAUGAUUUAAGUUCUAAAUUAAUGUGUACUGUUUAUAAACCAUGGAAUCAAGUUUGAAAAUAAUCAUGGACUAUUGUGUUUCAAUCAUCAAAUAUGCAGUGUCACUUAGAAACUGGCAAGAUUGCUGUUUCUAUGUCAUUCUGAACUAAGUUCUUCAGUAUGCACUAACAUCCUUGGGAUGUAGUUAUAUGGUAUAUAAAGAUUCUUAUAUAUAUAUCAAAGAAACAGUUGCGAACAUAUCACUCGUGUUCAACUAUGAUCUUGUUUUCUAUGUUCUCGAAGUGUGCUGGAACAUAUAGAUAUCCAUUUAGUAUAACGU